AUGCGGGUGGCGGCCGCAGGUGGGGGCGCGCGGGGCGGACCGGGCGAGCGGGGUGGGGUGGGGGCAGGGGCGGGGCGGGCCGGCGGCCGGGGCGGUCCCGCGCGGCCGCGCUGCGCAGUGACUCCGCAUCGGGCGGAGCGCCGUGGGCCGCGUCCUCCCGAGCCGUGGCGGUGGCGGCGGCGGCUGCAGCCUCAGCUCCUGCUCCCAGUGCCGCCGGCCCCAGCGCUGUCUCCCGGGCCCCCCCGGGCCCCCGGGCCCUCGAGCCCGGUGCGCGCCCUCGCGUCCCGCCGGCCCCCUCCCCCGGCUGGGCCCGGGGGAGGGUGGCGCCGUGAGCGAGCGGGAACUGGGCUCUCCUGCCCCUUCCCCUGCCCCUGGGCCGCCAGGAUGGAGGCGGGGUCGGGGCCCCCAGGCGGCCCGGGAUCCGAGAGCCCCAACCGAGCUGUGGAGUACCUGCUGGAGCUGAACAACAUCAUUGAGAGCCAGCAGCAGCUGCUGGAGACUCAGCGGCGGCGCAUCGAAGAGCUGGAGGGCCAGCUGGACCAGCUCACCCAGGAGAACCGCGACCUGAGAGAGGAGAGCCAGCUGCACCGUGGGGAGCUGCACCGGGACCCCCACGGUGCGCGGGAUAGCCCUGGCCGCGAGAGCCAGUACCAGAAUCUGCGCGAGACUCAGUUUCACCACCGUGAGCUGCGGGAGAGCCAGUUCCACCAGGCGACCCGGGACGUGGGCUACCCCAGCCGGGACGGCGCCUACCAGAACCGGGAGGCUGUGUAUCGGGACAAGGAACGGGACGCCUCCUAUCCGCUCCAGGAUACUACCGGUUACACCGCCCGAGAGCGCGAGGUGGCUCAGUGCCACCUGCACCACGAGAACCCAGCCCUGGGUCGCGAACGUGGCGGGCGGGAGGCUGGGCCAGCGCACCCCGGCCGUGAGAAGGAAGCUGGCUAUUCGGCGGCGGUGGGCGUGGGGCCGCGGCCACCGCGGGAGCGCGGCCAGUUGAGCCGUGGCGCAUCCAGGAGCUCCAGCCCAGGCGCCGGUGGAGGCCACAGCACCAGUACCAGCACCAGCCCGGCUACAACCCUCCAGAGAAAAUCUGAUGGUGAGAACUCCAGAACAGUCAG